UUCAGCACGAGAAUCUUAAAAAUAAAAAUCCUAGAAUUUCUAAACGUUCUCCCAAAAUUCCCAUUCCCAACGAAAGAAUCAAAAGAAAAUUCCACUCGUUUUUCUCCACUUCCAACACUGUGAGACAGAAAGAGACAGAGAGACUUAUUAUAGACUUUCGAAAGAUAGAAAAUUAGAAAGCGAGGUCAGGUGGAAGACCAGAGCGGAGAGAAAGGAAAGGAAAGGAGAGAAGAAAUGGUCACGUACGUGAAUGCCUUGCUGUACGGAGUGGGCGGAAUAGUGGUGGCCGGGAUGGCAUUGCUGGUGGCGUUUCAGGAAAAGCUAGUCUACGUGCCGGUGCUACCUGGUCUCACGAAGUCCUACCAGAUCACGCCGGCUCGCCUCCGCCUCACCUACGAGGACGUCUUUCUCCACGCCUCCGACGGCGUCCGCCUCCAUUCCUGGUUCAUCAAGCUCUUCCCCGACUGCCGAGGUCCAACCAUUUUAUUCUUCCAAGAAAAUGCGGGAAAUAUUGCCCAUCGUCUCGAAAUGGUCCGCAUAAUGAUACAGAGGUUGAAUUGCAACGUUUUUAUGCUUUCAUACCGAGGUUAUGGAGCUAGUGAUGGAUAUCCUUCCCAGCAUGGAAUCACAAGGGAUGCUCAGGCUGCAUUGGAUCAUCUUUCUCAGAGGACUGACAUUGACACAUCUAGAAUUAUUGUUUUUGGAAGGUCACUUGGGGGUGCAGUUGGAGCUGUGCUUACCAAAAACAAUCCUGACAAGGUUGCUGCAAUAAUACUGGAGAACACUUUCACGUCUAUUCUUGACAUGGCUGGAGUUUUAUUGCCCUUCCUGAAGUGGUUCAUUGGAAAAAAUUCAAAAGGUCCUAAAAUUCUUAAUUUUCUCGUACGAUCUCCAUGGAGUACAAUUGACGUCGUUGGCCAGAUUAAGCAGCCAAUCCUUUUUCUUUCUGGAUUGCAAGAUGAGAUGGUUCCCCCAGUCCACAUGCAGAUGCUGUAUGCUAAAGCAGCUGCUCAUAACAGGCGAUGCCUCUUUGUGGAUUUUCCUAGUGGAAUGCAUAUGGAUACUUGGCUAGCUGGUGGUGAUCAUUACUGGAGAACAAUUCAGCAAUUCCUUGAACAAUAUGUUCCAGAGAAAAAGGAAAAUGGAUCAUCUGGCAAUAACAAUGAUUCUAAGGCGAGCUGAUUGGUUGACAUGCUGACUUUUGAGAUGUUAUCGAUUGGUUCACCCAAGGAUUCAAAAUAUUUCUACAUUUUUUUUUUGAAGUUGCAGCAAUUGAUAGCUUUCUGUGAGGACUAGCUGCUGCCAAGACCUGCUGCAACCACCCAGGUGUUCCUCGAGGAGAUUUUUUUGUAGGUUUUAAGAACUUAAGAAGAGGUAGAAGAAAUGUGAAUGCCCUUUGGUAUACUGUGCGACUUUGACAUAAACAUUAAAUACCUAAUUAGUACUGACUGAUUCUCAUUGUAUGAGAAAUAAGAAGUUGCUGUCAGUGCAAAUAUAUAUCCUGAGUUGAUGUGCUAGACUGUUGUAUUCUAGACUGUUAUAUCUCUUGUUCUAUGAUAUACUCAUAUUGCUCUGGCAAUUGUCAGUUUGA